GUGUCACAAUCUCUGCUCUCUCUAAGAAACAACGCCCCCAUAACCAGAGGAGAGAGAGAGAGAGAGAGAGGGAGAAAGCGAGAGACGGUGAGACUCAUUUCCGUGCGCCACCAACCCCCGACGCUCACAACAAUGGCGAUCGCCAUCUGCUUGUCUCCCGCUUCCUCUUCUUCGUCUUCCUUAUCACUCUCCAAUUUCAAUCCUCGCCGCUCAUUUCUCUCUUCCUCCUCUUCCUCGUCUCUCCUCCACCUUACCGUCAAUCCUCCCACCGCGGCCGCCUCCUCCUCCCUCACCUUCCACCACCGCCGCCGCCUGAAUCAUUUAUUCGCCGCGUCAACCGGCGGCGGCGGCGGAGGAAGCGAUAAUGGACACGGAUCUUCCGGAGGCGGCGGCGGAGGUGGAGACGAUCAUCACGGUGAGGGCGGCGGAUCGGACAAUGCGGGACGCAAGAACAGAGCGGAGGUGCUUUUGGUUCUGAAGGACGCAGGCCGGUCUCUGGAGAGCUUGCCUAAGGACUUGGCUGCGGCGAUUGAGGCCGGGCGGAUCCCCGGAUUGGUGGUCACCAGGUACUUCGAGCUCGAGAAGUCAUCGUUGUUCCGAUGGCUCAUGCAGUUCGGUGGAUUCAAGGAGAGGCUGUUGGCCGACGAUUUGUUCCUGGCCAAAGUUGCCAUGGAGUGCGGCGUCGGAGUCUUCACCAAGACUGCUGCUGAGUAUGAACGCCGCAGGGAAAACUUCUUCAAUGAGCUUGAAGUUGUUUUUGCAGAUGUGGUAAUGGCCAUAAUUGCGGAUUUCAUGCUUGUUUAUCUUCCUGCUCCCACUGUUUCUCUCCGACCGCCGCUUGCAGUUAGCGCGGGACUGAUUGCCAAGUUUUUCCAUAACUGCCCUGAUAACGCUUUCCAGGUUGCUCUCGCUGGGACAUCGUACUCGUUGUUGCAGAGGCUUGGUGCCAUAGUGCGCAACGGGACAAAGCUUUUUGCAGUGGGGACUGUUUCGUCACUGGUUGGCACGGCUGUGACAAAUGCUUUGAUAAAUGCAAAGAAGGCAGUUGAUAACUCUGCCGCAGAGGAAAUUGAGAAUGUUCCUAUACUAUCGACCAGUGUUGCCUAUGGUGUCUACAUGGCAGUUUCUAGCAACCUCAGGUACCAAGUACUGGCCGGCGUUAUUGAACAACGUAUAUUGGAGCCCUUACUACAUGAGCAGAAGCUUAUACUGAGUGCACUAUGCUUUGCUGUUAGGACUGGAAACACAUUCUUGGGUUCAUUAUUGUGGGUGGACUAUGCUCGUUGGAUAGGAAUUCAGAAGUCCCAUUAGUAACUCAAGGGAUGCAUCUUCUCCUUUCUUAUGAUUUUUUUUUUAAAAAAGUUUUUAUAAAGCAAGUUGGUCUGGCCCACUUUCAAGAUGUUAUAAAAAGGUUGGCAACCUAACGAAUGGAUUCGUGGGAGUUUUGGGUGCUAGGGUGCUUAGGAUAUUCUUUGUCCUGGUACAUUUUACCGCUCAUUACUGAGCGAACACGAUUUCUGUUUCUAGUCCGUUAUGAUUCCGACCCCAUUCUUCCUCUUCAUAUUGUGAGGAACCAAGUAUUGUGUUACAGAAACUUGCAUUGUUGUGCUUUAUUUAUCUGGGAAUGAAGUUAACUAGGUUUGUGUAGGCCAUCCA